AACAAAUGUUGGUUUAUUGGUCAAUAGAUGGCGCAUAAUGUCCGUGGGUAUAGAAUAUAUGUGUGUUAUCACACACAAGUUUAAGGUUAUUUAAGUUUUAAAACGUUUGUUUUGAAUGUAACAAUUAAAUAACUCUGAAUCAAAGAAUGGCGAUUCAACGAGGGAGAUUUUCUGACAUACCAACAGACGCCGUGCGAUUAUCUAAAGAGGAAGCUGUUGAUUAUCAAAUUAAGUUAAUGCAUGACUGGUCAGAAUGGAAAGAUGUAUUCUUUUUCAAGUAUGGAGCAGGUUUUUUAGGAGGAGCAUCAGCUGCUGUAGGAAUAUAUCUUAAUGAUUACUACAGAAGAAAAUUAAAAUUAAGGUCAUAUGGCAGUGUCUCCUCGUUUUUGGCAUCUUCACUAAUACCAACUAGUUUAACUCUUGUAUUUCAUUAUGGACUGAUUGUUCCUCAUGUCAUACUUAAGGAUACCUGUGCUGUUUGCAUUGAAAUUAGAGCAGCCAGUAUUCAGUCUGUGUUUGGCUGUGUAGUACCAUCCUUGCUUGCACCAAUAUCAGCAUUUUCAGCUGCAAUAAGUUAUGGCACCUACAAUGUACCUUAUAUUACUCAGCCUCUACAGGUACUUAAUUUAUGGAAACAGUUAACAAAACCAAUUGGAAAUAUUUUGUUUGGGUUGUUUCUUGCACAAGCACUUCUUGCAUCUGGUGUGACUAUGAUGGAGGGGCGGUCUGUGGAUAUUGUGAAUAAAAAAAUGGAAAUGAGAUAUUUGAGAACAGAACAUGAUUAAACUAUUUGUAUUGUAUUCUUUAGAUUGUUAUUAGCUGAGUAAAAAAGGCAGUAAUUAGUAGCUUUAUCAAUUA